AUGCUAGCAAUAUCCUUCACCGCGAGCCGCACACAGGUUCUUACCUAUCUUUUGUGUAUCGCUCUAUUCAGCAUAUCAUUCCUCGUCUUCCUCAACGCAUCCAUCAGCUUCGUCAUCACCGAGCGGAUUGGGGACCGCGAAAAAGUCGGCAAUGCCGUGGGCACACUUGGGUUCGCCGACGAGCUCGUCGCACUAGUCGCUUGUCCUCUAUGGGGCGUAUUGAGCGACCGUAUAGGCGUGAGGGCGGUCGCAGUGAUGGGCUAUGCGAUUGUCGGAUGCAGUCUGUACGUGCUCGUGCAGGCGAAGAAUGUCUACCCGCAAUUGCUUCUUGCGAGGAUAUUCUUCAGCCUGGGAGGUGCCGCAACCAUGACGUACAUCGUCCAGCCCACGCCGGACACACGUUCGCACUCGCGAUCACCCGCCCAGCGUCACAACGUUACUCCCUCGAUAUCGUCUGAACUCACGAUAACACCAGCGAGAUGGCGGAGUACGUCCCCCUCAACACCGAGUCAGUCCGAUAAUGAUAGCGGCGCAUCGACUUCGCGACUGGCUGGACUCGUGGGCAUGUUCACUGGCUGUGGAGCCCUCAUCGCAUUGCUACUGUUUUUACCACUCCCUACAACAUUUCAAGAGGCUGGCAAGUCAAGAGCGGAAGCAGUCGCGGACUCCUUCUACGUAGUCGGGGCGGUGGCUUUCGCUGUCGCGAUUGGUUGCUUUAUUGGCUUGAGGCACCUGCCGGGUGAGGACACGAAAUCAAUGCGAAAGAUCUGGCAACACAAGACUCACAAAGACGAUAUAUACUCACACUCAAGCAUCAGCGCGCCGCCCGUGUUGUCGUACGCACAACAACUCCUGUCAGCCCUACGACUUGGCUUUCAAGAUCGAAACAUUGGACUAGGCUAUCUUGGCGGGUUUGUUGCGCGCGCCUCGUCUGUCGCCAUCUCAUUAUUCAUACCUCUGUUUUGCAAUGCAUACUUCAUCUCGACGGGGAAAUGUCCCCCAUCAGACACACCCCCCGAGGCCCUACCGCCAGACUUGAAGGACAACUGUCGCCGAGCAUACAUCCUGGCUGCCACUCUGACUGGCUCGUCCCAGCUGGUUGCGCUUAUCUGCGCACCAAUCUUUGGCUACUUCUCGGCCAAGUAUUCGAACCGGUUCAAUAUACCACUACUGGUCUCCUCAAUGACUGGCAUUGCGGGUUAUGUCUCAUUUGCGCUUGUCAAAUCGCCCGACCCCAAGAGUGAAGACGGCUCAGGCGGCAUCUACUUCGUUGCCGCACUCUUGGGUAUCAGCCAGAUUGGAGCGAUAGUCUGUAGUCUAGGAUUGCUAGGUAGAGGCAUACAUGGAGAAGCAGGUGGCGCACGAUCAAACAGUUCGAACGAUGUCAACGGAUAUCGCGAAGCCCCUUCAUACCCAAACUCAGCCUCCCAUACCCGACCUUCAAGUUCAGGUGCCAAUCCCAACGGCGCCUCACUGACUACUGCCAGGAACUCAAGAGACUUUGAAGCUGCGCCCCUGCUACCAACCGAUCCUCCCUCAUAUGAUCCGGAGCCCACCUCACGCACCCAUCUCAAAGGCAGUAUAGCAGGCAUAUACAGCUUACUUGGCGGCGCUGCGAUCCUUUUGUUGACGAAGUUGGGUGGCUGGCUCUUUGACGAUGUCGCCAAGGGAGGGCCGUUCUGGAUGAUGGCGGUUUUCAAUGCCGCUCUUGCCGUGGGUGCCGUGGGAGUUGGGCUCAGGGGCUGGUUUGCUAAAGGGCGGGACGAAUGA